AUGAUCUUGUACAUUAGUUUGUGUUUCAUAUUGGUAGUUUUAGCUGAUCCGUUGCCAGGCAAGCACGUACCACUAGAGAGUUAUGAGAGCGAAUUGGAGAGGGAACACGCUCUGCCUACGUCCGUCCCCAACGCCGACAUACUCAAGACUAACAGCAACCCGACGUAUCAUAAACCGAGCUUCCAGUCUAUACCAGCUGUCUUCCAGUCUAUCUGGCUGGGGCGUCUUAUCUUUCGUUUAUCGAUGUUUUUUCUACUCGUUGAAGUUAGUUAUCAGCAUAUUCACCCAACCGCAAGACAAACCAUAUCCUUAUUUGCUGUUUUAGUUAUUUAA